AUGGAAAGUGCACCAGGGACCUCCUCCUUGCUGCGUCACAAGAGUAAAACUCGGGCUCUGGAGAUCCAGAAAAAAGAGGGCAAAGUGUUGUUUCACAUGCUCGACAACACUUUCUGUGGAAAGAUAUCGGUGGUUGGGCCGUACAGUUUCUAUGAAGUGUCGGAUGGCGCAGAGAACGUUCGCUCCGUUCAUGACUCUGCAGGAAACCUAGUCGACUGCUCAGUAACCGCGGACCCCAUACACGUCAAAUCCUUUCACGCACGUUUUGUCAACGUGGUGCUGAGAGAGCAGAGAACCCAAACAGCGCUGCCGCGCAAACCCGGAGUUCCGCAUGGCGCUGCCGGCAGGGACGGAAGGCAGACGACGGAGGUCCAGGCGCGGGUUCACCUAUCCCGGUACUCUCCUGGGGAGUUUGCCGAGACAGACGAAUGCUGUCGCGCUCACGACUACUGUCCCGAUGUCAUUCAUGCCUUCUCCUUCAAGUACGGCUACGUCAACUUGAAAUGGCAUUCAGUCUCGCACUGCGACUGCGAUAACGCAUUAAAACAGUGCCUGAGGAAAGUUAACGAUACUUCGUCACGGGUGGUUGGCCAAGCUUUCUUUAACGUAAUCGAAGUUCCCUGUUUUGAAUUCUCCUUCGAGGAACAAUGUGUUGAGCGCUACUGGUAUGGAGUGUGCAAGAGAUAUGGCAGAGUGCCUGUGGCAGUGCUGAGAGAAUCCAUCCCCUAUGACUUUGGAGGUGUUGAACUCAUAGAUGCGUUCACCAUGUCUCCUCCUAAGAAGAAGCUGGCAGAGGUAGAAACCACACAGGCAUCUGAGAGCACCACACCGUCCAGUGUCUCAGGAUCCGCAAGCACCACCCAGCCGCUUCCGAAGGUGGUCACGGCUGCUGAGGACUUCAUCGAAGCCCUCGCCGCCGUUUCCACCUCGCAGCGUCCAGCGUUGGAUGGCAGCAGAGAUGCCCACGCAGCAGACAAGAAGAGGAAGAAGAAUGUUGGCAAGAAGAGAAAAGAUUCAAAGAAGAGAAGGCGGAAGGAGCAGGGUAAGAAGAGAAAGCAGAGCGCAGACGCGGCUCCGGCGGCCCAGGAGCAGUGUCGUCGGCACGCCGCCGGCCAGACGAGCAGAUGUGCUCACCGCUCAAAACGGUUUUGGAGAAGAUCCUGGGAAUUUUCAUCAGAUCAGUGACAACUUCAUGAACGCUGCAUUCAGUCGGCGGGUGAUCCGGAAUAUUCCAAUAAAAUGAUGAGGGAUCAGUAUCAGAGGAUGGACUGAUGAGAGUCAAGACAGCAAAACCACACCAACCCCACCACUACACCAUCACCACCACCAACACCCACCACUACACCACCACCAACACCACCACCACUACACCACCAGGCACAGGCCAAGCGCAGAGAUGCUAGAAUUACCAAAACAAAUCAAAGGACACAGAAUCUGCACAGCUCUCAUCAGCAAGUCACCUACACUUGAUUUGCUGCCAGCAAACCUAGAAGAGCUGGAUUAAGACAAAGGGUGGAAAAGAGAGGAAGAGAUAUCCAGCUCCACUCCCUGUAGAAGCUACUGUACACAACAGGCAUGGAGAUGCCACCCCAGUGAGUGUGAGUGGAGAACACAAGCCGGCUCCUCCCAGAAACACACAGCACCUUCAGCACAGCAGGGAGGAGGUGUCACAUAGCUUAGAGUACCAGCAUGAAAAGGCAUCUGCAUUCAGCUCCACUACAGAGAAUAGACCCAUUGUUGGAACUGAAAGGCUGAGAUUAAGACGGAGAGGGGAGAGGAAAAGAAACAGGAAACUCUGUACUUCGCCCUCCCCUGCAGAGGGGGAGGCUCCGCCUUCCCUGACAGCAGACGAACCCAGAGUUGUCAAAUUCAAUGCGACUCGGGAGCUGAGCGAGUUCCCUUCCCCUGAACAGCAGAGCCCUUCAGAAGGUGUGCUGCCCAGCAGACUGGAGAACCCAGCAGUGAAGGGCACAACUGGCACAAUUAAAAUUACAAUCAGGGCGCAACGGUGGAAUGGCACCGGGGGCAGAAGCAGAUGCGCCCUAUCCAGCUGCCACACACCUGUUUGCAAGGUUGUGAGCACAAAGAGGCUUGAAGCCAUGAUGACCACUGUUGACAGGACCAAACCCAGAGCCCAGUCCAGGCUGACGUGGACGCGCAGAGGUUGCCCCAGACGCAAGAGACCGAGGCAAGCACUGGGUUCUUCUUCCCUCUUACACAGACGAGCACACCAUUCGUAUCACCCCUCAUGGUGGGAACCACUAAGAGGAGGAGAUCAAAAGAGAGGAAUGAUGGGAAAGGAGGAAGACAGUCACCGAAGCCUAAGAUGUGACUGCUUGUAGAAACACUAAUGGCGCAGCCUGUAUCACCAUGAUCAAACUAGUUGCUAAAGGAAAUGCAUGUUUAAUUGUUUUUAUAAAAUCCAUUGAUGGUAGACAGUAAGAUCAAAUAUAGGAAAUGUUCAGUGUUUUAUGUAUUAUUAUGACUUAAUAAACUAAUCUUAAACAAAAUCUCA